AUGGAGAAGUUACCAUUAGAAAUCGCUGAAAACAUAUUUUCUACCGUACCAAUGAUCUCGCGGUUACAAUGCAGAGAAGUAUGCAAAAAAUGGCGAACUUCGCUGCCUAAACCUAGGUUAGGUUUGCUUUACGGGAUUGUACGCCGCACGACGACUGAAACGGAAGUACAAUUCUACUUUUCGGAUCAAGAUAGUUAUAAGCAGGUUACUAGUAGUAAUCAUGUCAAAGAUGUUGAUGACUGCUCCAAAACACUUACAAAGUUAGACCACAGCUUAAUCAUCCCAGGAUCCGACUUCAUAGGUUUCAUUGUUGGUUCUUGCAAUGGUUUAGUUUGUUAUGCUGGUACCGAUGCCAGUUCAACAACAAGAACGACCAAAGUCUAUAUUUCCAACCCUGUCACUGACGAACACAUUCAACUUCCAUUUAUAAUACCUGAUAAUGGCAAACCAAGAGCGUUUAAGACGUUUGGAUUUGGUUACCUUUGUUCAAGUAAUGAGUACAAGUUUGUUAGUAUUUUUUGCGAAUAUCCUUUGAAGGUUUCUGGAAACGUUCAGGUGCAUACCCUCGUGAGUGGUGGUGGCGGGGCUCUUUAUUGGAUGGAUCAACCCAAUACACUACAAUCAAAAAGGAUUCUAGCUUUUGAUUUGGAAUAUGAGACAUUUGAUUUGCUCCCAAUUCCUUUUGUUGUCACUGACUCUAGCCGUGUCAGUCUCAUGGAAUUGAGAGACAAAUUGUGCGUCAUGGAAGUAGUUCCAAACAAAUAUAUGGUUAUAUGGGAGUCAAGGCAUAGGAAGACUGUCAAUUAUACGCAUGCGAAUUGGCUUAGGAAGUUUAGUAUAGCAUGGGAAGACUACGGCGGCAGAAAUCCAGAUGAGAUUUUGAAGAAAGUACUCAAGGAUGAUUUUACCAAAAAGAUUAGCAUUUCGAGUUCAAUUGUAACCCAGGAAGAUGUUCAGAAUAAUGAGAAACAGAAUCUCAAUUGA